UAAUAUCUAACACACACACACAUGCAUAUAAAAACAUUGACAUUGAAAUAUUCCGUCUGUUAAACGCGACACCGAAAAUUGUUAGCUGCGGAAUAACCAAAAAGAAACGAAUUCAUGAUGCGGGAGGAGAAAAGUUCCAUUUCGUGCGUGUAGUGCUCGCGUGCGGGGUGCGGCGUAUUUGUAUUACAAAAUUAACUGUUUAACAAUAUAUUGACUAAGAUUCCUUCAUCGCGUCCGCGAUCUUCUGUCCCAUUUCCAUGCGCAUAAAUUAGAGUACUUGAGCAGCGUCGUUGCCAGUGUCUGCGCUCUUAGCAUUUGCUUUACCUCUGCCUCUUUGCCCUGUUUUUGCUUCUGUUUUGUUGCCUUUGCAGCUUUUGUUGUGUUAUUGUUGCUUUUGCAUUGCUGUUGUUUUUUUUCCGUCCCGCGAUUAGAAUUAAUUGACAAAUGGGGGAAAAAUGUCGGUUUUGCGCAAAAGCAAAAGCAGCAACAUUAACUAGUUUGCACUCUCUGUCUCUCUUUCGCUCACUUUUGGCUUGUGGAGUAAAAGUAACAGGAUAAAUGGCAAAAGAGAGACAAGAAAGGGAGAGAGAGAGAGCGAGAGAGACGGAUCAGCAGGGAAGACGAAGAAUUGGAAGAGCAAGCAACAGUAACAUGAAUUAAUCAAAACUAAAGCUAAGCAAAGCCGCUCUCUCUCGAUCGUCUGAGCAUAAAAUACAAGCAAUAAAACGGAAAACAUUAACAUUAGCCGGCACAGAGGUUCAAUGACCUUAGCAGCGCCAGAACGGCAGAGGGAGACUGCUCAAAGAAUAAACAUAGAGGCGAGGCCGAGUAUUUUGGGCCUAUUAACACCUGUCACACGUAGCUUUAUCGCAAGUUUGGUUAGGUUAUCAGUAGAGCAGACGCUCUAUCUUUCUUUCCCUCCACCGUUUCGCUUUGGUACGCACACGCGGAUAUCAAGGACGCGGCCGAGGAUUCUAUCAAAUCGACGGUGAUGGAUAUUCUUAUCAGUGUUUAAUUUAAUUUAAUUUCUCAAUAGUGCAGGCACAUGCUCAUGUCCAGCCCUUUAUGUAUCGGUAAAAGUUUUCGUCCCUGCGUAAACCCAUUGUAAUAUAAUAUCCCCCCCAAUCUAACAAGCCAAAUCAAACAUAAGCAUAUACACAUGUCACAAUCGCCGCAACACAAGCGUCAGAAGAUGUCCAAUGGAAGAAACUUUGAGGACUACGAAGAACUCAACAUCAUUGGAACAGGCGCCUAUGGGACUGUCUACAGGGCCCGGGACACAAUCACGGGCAAUAUUGUGGCCCUAAAAAAGAUCCGCAUCGCCCUCAAUGAGAACGGAGUACCGAUGUCCACGUUGCGGGAGAUCUCCCUGCUGAAGCAGCUCAAUGCGAGCGAUCACGCUAACAUUGUCAAACUGUUCGAAGUAUGCCAGUUUCUGGAGCGCGACGGACAACUAAUGAUUCUCCUGGUCUUUGAGCACCUGGAGCAGGAUUUGUCUGACCUCAUCGAUCGCCUGCCCAAAUCGGGCAUGUCCCCCAUCACAAUCCAGCGUCUGUCGCGGGAGCUCCUGACCGGCGUGGACUUUCUGCACUCGCAUCGCAUCAUCCACCGCGAUCUGAAACCGCAGAAUCUGCUAGUUUCCGCUCAGGGCCAUCUGAAGAUCGCCGAUUUUGGUCUGGCCAAAACGUACAACUCCGAAAUGAAGCUGACAUCAGUGGUUGUUACGCUGUGGUAUCGCGCUCCCGAGGUACUUCUUAUCCAGCCCUACAACAGUUCCGUGGAUCUCUGGAGUGCCGCCUGCAUAAUCUUUGAGAUGUUCAACCGGAAGGCUCUGUUCCCGGGCACAUCAGAGAAGAACCAGCUGGAUCGUAUAUUCGAACUGACGGGCCGACCCACAGAUCAGCAAUGGCCCAAAACCAUCUCUGUGGCACGGGAGCAUUUCCCUCACCGCCUUCCCAAGCGGCCACGUGACUUUUGUCCCAACCUGUGCGAGUUUUCCGAUGACCUGUUGAAUCAAAUGCUGUCGUACGACAUAAACAUGCGCCCCUCGGCCCUGGUUUGCCUAGAGCACGAUUACUUCACGCAGGAGCCGCUUUGAGACAGGGCCACCGAUGGGUACAAUGGACAGAGCUCCCAGACGUAGUCGGGUGGAGUUCGUGCGCAUUGGAUGGCCGCAACCAGUGUUUUGUUCUUGUCAUAAUGUUCCUUUAAAUGCAGUCCAGCAUGUCGUUUAUUUUCCAGUCUAGGUGUCUUGCCCUGCACCCGGGUCCAGGUCCUAAGGCAGAAGCAGGAGCUGAAUGAAUACCAUACCUUAAUAUGUUUUUAGUCGUAAGUUAGGUGUAGAACGUGCGCAAAACGCAAAACGCAAAACGUGUAGCCGCUAAAUCCCCAAAAGUGGAACGAUUCUCGGGGAAGAUCAGUCCCAUUCGAAAUGUGAUACAACAAGUUCAGGAAUACAUUAUACAAUUUCAAAAUUUUGUACAGCAGCAGAAAUAAUCUAUAUUUGUGCCUAUGUGCAGAAACUAUGUUUGUAAAUACACAUAUGUACAAUAUGUAUGUAAGUAUAUGUACAUAUAUGCAUUGAUACCUACAUAAUUUGUUAUAGAUCCUAUGGACCGUAAAUAAAAGUACAGUCCCAUAA